AUGGCAUUUACAAAAAUAUUAAAUUCUAAAUCAGGAACAAAAGAUGUUGUUAAUGAAGAAAAUGAUGAAGAUGUUAUUAUAUUUACUGCUAAUGAUUAUAAGACAGAGUUUGAUGCUAAAGCAUAUCUAAAUUUUUAUUAUUCCAAAGAAGCUAUGGAAACUGGUACAAGACUAUCACUUUUUGCUUUGCCAAUGUUUGCACAUAUAAUUAAAAAUUCAAUUCCAGAUUCAAAUAAAAAGUGUACUUUAAUUGAUAUUGGUGCAGGGCCAACCGUUUAUUCAGCAUUAUGUUUUAGGGAAGUUGUUGAAAAAAUAUAUCUUACAGAUUAUGUUGAUCAAAGUUUAAAUAUUUUAAAAAGUUGGCAAAAUAGAACUUUAGAUUUUGAUUGGAAAUAUGUUAUCAAAAUUAUUAAAAGAACUGAAGGUGGUUUACCUUUAGUAGGAAAACAAUUUGAAGAUUUUGAAGAGAAAGCAAGAGAAUGUGUUAAAAAAGGUGGAAUAUUUAAAUCUGAUGUUCAUAGUGAUGAAAUAUGUGAUUGGGAUGAAUGUGGUAUUGAAGAGAAAGAAUUCGAUAUAUUAGUUUCUGUUUUUUGUCUUGAAUCAGCAUGUUCAAAUUAUGAUGAAUAUAAAAAAUCCCUAAAAAGAUUAUCAAAUAUUAUCAAACCCGGUGGAAAAUUGAUAUUAGGAUCUGUAGUAGAAGAUGAUACUUAUAACAGCGGUGUAAACUCAAAAAGUGGUAAAUCAACAAUAUUUACACUACUUCAUUUAACAGAAAAAUUUAUUAAAGAAUGUUUAGAAGAAGUUGGUAUGAAUAUGAAUACUUAUAAAGAAUAUUUACUUGGUAAUGAAGGUGUUUUAUUUUUAAUGGUUAGUAAAAAAAUUUGA